AUGUCUUCCAAGUCUACCGUGGAUCAAGCGACAGAUCGGCCGCAACGCAGAGCAAAAGACGAGCCAAUCGAGGCCAACUUGCUCUACUCUAUGAUCGCAGGCUCGUCUUUCGUGAUUGUGGUGGGUGAUCUCGGCAGCCAGCCCGUGCACGACCGUGCUCCUCUUUGUUUUUCACAUCGUCGCUAUGGCCACGGCGCCGAGGCGUUGUCGCUUCCUGAGAAAGCUGGAUCCGAAGAUUUGAGACGCGUGACGUCGGAGGGUCCGCUUCGCGUAAAUUGCAUAUUUGUCUCUGCUCGCUCAGCAUUUCGCUGUGUCGUGCAGCACGCACAAAUUCGGCACUUCGGUCAAUUUGCCGCAAAGCUGAGCAAUCAAGAAGAGCAACACGCCCGGCAAGGUAUUCGGCACUUUCUGGAGGUGGCGGACUUGCCGUCACACAAUUGUCAUGAUCAUCACCAACAACACACCACUGCCACCAGCAUCCGAAGCUUUCGGCAGGAUCCCGACGAUCGAUACCGACUUGGCGGCUGA